AUGGAGAGCCGUGCCGGGGGCGGUUGUGGCCGUGACAGAAACCUUCGGGGUCGGUCCCCAGCGGGGGCGGCUCCGCCGGCCUCUCGCUGCCUCAUGAGCUCCGACUUCUUGGGGGAGGAGGCGUUGGGCAAGUACUGCUGCCACGAGACUCCAGUUGUUUGGCCAGAGUGGUUGUCGGCCGCGCACACGCUGCUCCGGAGGCGUUUGCAGCUGAGGCGGUGCUCUCCGAUUCUGACAAUGCAGCAAGUGUUGGAUAACCUCACGGGGCUGCCCUCGUCUACGGGAGCAGAAGAAAUAGACCUAAUUUUCCUCAAGGGGAUUAUGGAGAAUCCUAUUGUAAAAUCACUUGCUAAGGCUCAUGAGAGGCUAGAAGAUUCAAAACUAGAAGCUGUCAGUGAUAAUAACUUGGAAUUAGUCAAUGAAAUUCUCGAAGAUAUCAGCCCUCUAGUAAAUGUGGAUGAAGAUGUGGCAGAACUGGUUGGUAUACUCAAAGAGCCUCACUUCCAGUCACUCUUGGAGGCCCAUGAUAUUGUGGCAUCAAAGUGUUACGAGUCACCUCCAUCAAGCCCGGAAAUGAAUAAUUCUUCUGUCAAUAAUCAGUUAUUACCAGUAGAUGCCAUUCGUAUUCUUGGUAUUCACAAAAGGGCUGGGGAACCACUGGGUGUAACAUUUAGGGUUGAAAAUAAUGAUCUGGUAAUCGCCCGAAUCCUCCAUGGAGGGAUGAUAGACCGUCAAGGUCUGCUUCAUGUGGGAGAUAUCAUUAAAGAAGUCAAUGGCCAUGAAGUUGGGAACAACCCAAAGGAAUUACAAGAAUUACUGAAAAAUAUUAGUGGAAGUGUCACCCUGAAAAUUUUACCAAGCUAUAGAGAUACCAUUAUUCCUCAGCAGGUAUUUGUGAAAUGUCAUUUUGAUUAUAAUCCAUACAAUGAUAACCUGAUACCCUGCAAAGAAGCAGGAUUGAAGUUUUCAAAAGGAGAAAUUCUUCAGAUUGUAAACAGAGAAGACCCAAACUGGUGGCAGGCUAGCCAUGUAAAAGAGGGAGGAAGUGCUGGCCUCAUUCCAAGCCAGUUCCUGGAAGAGAAGAGAAAGGCCUUUGUUAGAAGAGACUGGGACAAUUCAGGACCUUUUUGUGGAACCAUAAGUAGCAAAAAAAAGAAAAAGAUGAUGUAUCUCACAACCAGAAAUGCAGAAUUCGAUCGUCAUGAAAUCCAGAUAUAUGAGGAGGUAGCCAAAAUGCCUCCCUUCCAGAGAAAGACGUUAGUAUUGAUAGGAGCUCAAGGUGUGGGACGGAGAAGCUUGAAAAACAGGUUCAUAGUGUUAAAUCCCACUAGAUUUGGAACCACAGUGCCAUUUACUUCACGGAAACCAAGAGAAGAUGAAAAAGAUGGCCAAGCAUAUAAAUUUGUGUCACGAUCUGAGAUGGAAGCUGAUAUUAAAGCUGGAAAGUAUUUGGAACAUGGGGAAUACGAAGGAAAUCUCUACGGAACCAAGAUCGACUCUAUUCUUGAAGUUGUCCAAACUGGAAGAACUUGCAUUUUGGAUGUCAACCCACAAGCCCUAAAAGUGCUGAGGACAUCCGAGUUCAUGCCCUAUGUUGUGUUUAUUGCUGCUCCAGAACUAGAUACCUUACGUGCCAUGCACAAGGCUGUAGUGGAUGCUGGUAUCACUACCAAACUUUUGACGGACUCUGACUUGAAGAAAACAGUGGAUGAAAGUGCACGGAUUCAAAGAGCAUACAACCACUAUUUUGAUCUCAUCAUCGUCAAUGACAAUCUAGACAAAGCCUUUGAGAAACUGCAGACUGCCAUAGAGAAACUAAGAAUGGAGCCACAGUGGGUCCCAAUCAGCUGGGUUUACUGA